AGUAGAAAAGGGAGGUCACGCCAUUCAAGAUAAGCAACUGAAAUGGUGCGAGAUGUGAUCGUUUGCGUGCUAAUAGUUUUUGUCAAUGUCUGCGGGAGUCUUAAGUGUAAGUCCCACACCGGGGAACCUGUUGAUUGGUUCACUGUUUACAAGCUUCCAGAAAUCCAUGAAGUGGGAAUAGACAAAUGGUCUUAUUAUGGUGUCGGAUUCUACUACAUGGACUCCAAUUCUCCAAGCUGGAAGUUGUCAUCUGUCCCAUUCAACCAAACUGGACACUCCGUGGAGUACACACUGAGACAAAUCUACAAGAAUACUACGAGUGAAUACAUGUAUUCUAUGUACAACGAUCAGCCCCCGCAGGGACGUACAUCUCUAAAUCAUGGACACACAAAAGGGGUCUUUGCUUUUGAUAAAUCUGAGGGUUUCUGGUUGAUUAUGAGUAUCCCUCAUUUCCCGCCCCCUAGAAGUUUUGGGUUUUCGUACCCAGACAGUGGCGAAGUGUAUGGACAGUCUAUAUUCUGUGUUAGUCUUCAAUAUUCUGCUAUUGAGAGUGUUGCCAAGAUAAUGACCUUCACCUACCCCAAGUUUUAUGACCACUACUUGCCUCCCUCUUUCUCCUCUGAGAACCCCAUCAUGACGGGGGUUCUGUCAGGGAGCCAGAAACACGUGACAUCCCCUCCAUUUCAACUUGAAACUACACUCCAUACCACAGAUGGUGUGGUGCUACACAACUUUGCCAAGUCAAAUGAUUUUGAAAAAGAUUUAUAUGAUGCGUUUUUGGCUCCAAAUUUACAAGAAUCCUUAUUUGUUGAAACUUGGCAAAAUGGACCCAAAGCGGACGAAUUACCUUCAAAUUGUUCUCUCAAGUUUCAGGUUUACAACAUUCAAAAGAUCCGAUUUCCAAACGGAGAUUUUAAAGAGACCAAAGAUCAUUCUAAGUGGGCGGUGUCCAGGACUGGUUCCUGGAUUUGUAUUGGAGACAUUAACAGACAGCUUACACAGUUUCAUCGUGGCGGAAGUACCACGUGUAUGUCUGACCCUCACACAUGGAAGCAGUACACAAACAUCAUUCGAGACAUCGAGACCUGUGGACCAAUAUUUGGAUAAACCUGACACAUCAAUUUUGAAAAUCUGUCUUAUUAUUUCUGUAUAAAAAGUUUAUCUUCUUUAUGUAUAUGUCAUUUUUAUUAAGAAAUGGAAGUUAAGUUGUUUUUCAUUUUGUAUAUAUGACAAUCAUUCGCAAAAAAUCCCUUCAUUUUAUACCUGAAAUCUUAAAGUGCUAAUUCAGGGAAUUGAAAUUGAAGAUCUGUAGUCAUAAACCAAAAAACUCCGUAUGUUGCAUUAAUACAUGAAAACAUCUGGCAUUAUUUUUAUUUAAAAAUCAUGUAUCUUUCCAUGUAUCUUUAUAUGUUUUGUUAUUGUAUACAGUUUAUAAUAAAUAAUCAAAGAAUAAA